CUUUACACUUUGGUGUGCCUUGUCUUCGAUCUUUGCAAGUUGAGGCAACUUCCCGGGUGGGCUGGGUACUUUAAGGCAGGGCCGGUAAGGAGAUUAAAGAGAGAAAGUGACUUAAUUGCAGGUGGGCUUUCCCAUGUUUGCUCGUGGACGCUGCGCAAGGACUUGGAAGCAUUUCUGGCUCUCUUGUUUUUAGAAGGCGCGUCAGAUAGCAGCUGAGGGGGGCUUAAUAUUUCAGACGUCUGGCGGUAGGCUGCAAAGUUUCCACCUUAAAACAGUUGCAGGCUGGAUCAGACAACACCUCAGUGUUGAGUAGGAGUUCGCGUAGAAGGACCACUACAUUGUACGUCUGUCAACUGAGUCAAGGGGACUUUUUUCAGGUUAAGCCGUUUUUCACCCCUGAAUCAAUUAUUGUGUUAAAUUUCACGCAAACAAGAAUCUUAUUGGUUCGUAUCGGGUGGAGCGUAUGCGGAUAGUUUCGGUUGUCAUCCAUAAACGACUAAAAAGUAAUUUACCGACAUUACAUGCAUUUAUAAUUUAAUAUGUACUCUACAUAAAUGGGUUUUGUUUAAUGUAAGUAGUGCAUCUCAGCGGCGUUGUAGGAUCAAUUCAGCUUCUAGAUGAGGUAUGGUUAUGCCCACCCACUUGGAAGGAAGCCGGCACCUGGAAACAACAAAAAAACUUGAUACCUUAAAACAUGAAGAGUUUGUUGUCUUGACAAGUCCUGAUGAAUGCUUGGGUGUGAACGACGGCCCAGCGCGGACCUGCGGGGACGGCGGAGAGACUAAAUUGUUGCUGCAGGAGAAGCCGCUUAAAAUGAGCCGAAGUCCCAAAUGUGCCCGCUGCCGGAAUCAUGGCGUGGUUUCGUGCUUGAAAGGUCACAAACGCUUGUGCCGCUGGAGGGACUGCGGCUGUGCCUGCUGCCUGCUGGUGGUGCAGCGGCAGCGAGUCAUGGCCGCGCAGGUCGCACUGAGGAGGCAACAGGCUGCUGAGGGGAAGCGAGGUGUCAAGUAUCGAGCAAAUCAUUCACAGAGAACAUUUUUGCAGCGCUCUACUGCGGUGGUGGAGCCAAGUAUGUGGCAGACCAAGCGCCUCCAGCCGGGGUUGACACCACUGGAGGGCAACGAUUCCUGUUGUUUAAAGCCGACACAGCGUGACCAUACACAUGCUACAAACCCCACCAUCAGUGCCCGCAUGAGGAAGAGAAGAACAUUUGCUGACACGGAGCUGGAGAACGUGAUGCUGGAGCGGGAGCUCAGACAGAGAGAGUUCCAGAACGACCUUUCCUUUUCCUAUUCAACCUUCCUCCCCGCAAUUCAUCCAGUGCCUCUGCCCAUCACGCCAAGCUUACAGUCAUUCAGCAAAGUCCCUUCAUCUGCGGGGACAGCCACCUUUGGGUCUGUGUGUAACAGCUUUCUGCCUCUGCAAGACUGGGACUUCCAUUUCUAUCACUGUUUUCAUUUUAAGAGCACAUGUACAAAAAGUGAAAAUGUUGGCUUCCGCGUGUGCAAAAGCUCAGUGCAAAAUAGAGAUCAGAAGGAUGAGGUGCAGCGUGGCUGGACAGGUUGCGAGAAGACAGAGACAUCAGAGCUCACACCUUUGCCUUCUCGACAAAGCCUCAAAUAUCACGGUAGUACUUUGUUGGGUUGGGACCACAUCAAAGCUGACUCCAAACCAAGAGAAAUUCAAGACUCAAAUGUCACAUGCUCUAUUUUUGUAUCAGAUCAGGGGAUCCUGAACUUGCCGAAUGUCACAGCCCCCAGCAGGACCUUUGAUCCGUUAGCACGGACAAGUAGAGGUCAGUGUGCCGACACUCCUGCCGCCCUGGCGCAUCCUCAGGAAGACUCAGUCAAGAGCCUUCCCGGCAGCUCAGGCAGGACUCCAGCCAUGAAGCCGCUACUACCUUUCUCAGUGGAAGCUCUGCUCAGGGCCUGACAAGCCAACGGAAAAUACUUGGCUUUGUUUAUGUGCAGAGAUCACUUUGACACGUGAACUCUAAAUAGUUAGUUAUGUUCCACUGACAGGAGCUGGUUUCAAUUAAAAUGGGACUCAGCAGGGUGCAGACCUCCACUAAGGUUGGAAAAAAAAAAUGCAUGCGUAUCAAAAACCACUGUUCCAAAAUGUCAUGUUUUCGUUGGUCCAAAACACACCCCUCUGCAAAAUGUCAUGAAAAAAAGAGAAGCUCAUAGAUGAGUUGCUCAUUAACACACGACAACUUCUGCAACACAAUUACAGUACGGUACAUGAAAAUCGGUUUUGCUGUACUUUAAAUAGUAUCCAAAUUAUUACAAUAAAUAUAUAUUUUAGCACGGUCAGCUGUUUACUACAUGUUUACGAUCAUCAGCGUUGAUCAUUUAUAUCACAGCAAGUUCAUUUACACUUACCUGUCUGUAAGUAUUCAUCCACCAAACAAAAGUGAACAAGACGCGUCUUGAAUGGUUUGGGCUUAUUAGGGUUGUGUUUGGUUCUUCCAUCCUUGCCUUUACUUGGAAAUAAAACAUUUCAAUAAAG